AUGGCUUCAAUGUCACCAUGUACCAUUGAAAAAGAUGUAGUCGAUGCAAUGAAAAAGUUUCGACGUUUAUCGAACAAAUCAACCAUGGCUAUGAUAUUACGUUGUGAUAUGAAAACCAAUCAAGUUGUGAUUGACAAAGAAUUAAAAGACAUCAGUGUCGAACAAUUAAUUGAGGAAUUACCAAGUCGUGAACCUCGUUUUAUUUUACAUAGCCAUGAAUUGAAGCAUGCGGAUGGUCGUGUUCAAUAUCCAUUGAAUUUAAUUUUAUACAUUCCUGAUGGAUGUGGAACGAACAAUCGUUUUACAUAUGCAUCGACAGCGAACGCGGUUUCAGCUUCAUCUGGUAUCACUCGUAUUAUUGAAUUACGUGAAGAUAUUUCUGCUGAAUGGCUCAGUAAGGAAUUAGCAAAAGCAUAUUGA